AUGGCCCCAAAUAUCACUCUUGUAAUUAUUUUGUCUUUGUUGGCCUCAUACCUGCUUCAGGUUUGCUCAAAUACAACUAUUCCUCAUGUAUCUGAAAGCAAAUGCAAUGAGGUUUGUGGGAAUACCCCAAUUCCAUAUCCAUUUUAUGUUGGAUCCAGUGCCUGUGGUAAAAGUGGGUUCAAGCUUGAAUGCUACAACGAUUCUACUUUGAGGAUUAAAUUGAACAAUGUUCUCCACGAUGUGAUCGAUUUUAAUGAUGAUGGAAUUAGUCUUAACCUCUCUUGUUCUAGCUCGGUUGCAGACUUCAGUAUCCAGGGCAUGCCAAACUAUGCAAUUUCCAACCAGAACAUACUUCAGUUAGGAGAGUGUGAGAAUACAAAAUCUUGUCCCUUGACACAGAUGCAAUGCAGCAAUGGUGAGAAAUGCUCAUUUGGAAGAAGUUGCUGCUACCCUCUCAUGAAUGAUUCACUUUGGCCAACUUACUCACAUUGGCAGCGUGGAGCUUCUAACUUCAGCCAGUUUUACCCCAUGCAAUGCAAGGUUUUCACUAGUUGGGUGGCUCGUAGUUUGACUCCUAAUGUGGAUGCAGUGUUUGGGCUGAAAUUGGAAUGGGCAAUUCUGGGAAACUGUAAAAAUGCUCAUUGUCAUGUCAAUGCACGAUGUAAUUCAACCACGGGUGUGAAAGGUGGUGUGAGAUGCAGCUGUAAUCAAGGUUACAUUGGAGAUGGAUAUGUCGAAGGCAAAGGAUGCAUAAAAGUUCUAGCGUGUGCAGCAACAUCGGUGGCAAUAAGUAUUGUUUUCUCAGCAAUAGUAAUCUACCGUCGUCGUAGUAAAGUCCUAGAAGAGGAAAGGCCUCGUUGGCUCCAAGGGGCCCAAGUAGCAAGCCUGGUUCGCAAACAAGCAAGGGAAUUCUCCACAGAGAUUUUCAGUUACAGAACAUUGAACCGUGCUACUAAACGUUUUGCUGAAUCCCAACAGUGCGGCCGCGGUGCUUCAGGCACUGUUUACAAAGGCUUCCUUCCAGAUGGUCGUCACGUGGCUAUCAAACGCAUACACUAUUACAGUGGAAGUUCACAGCAAUGGGCUCACCAACUUCUAAAUGAAAUCAUCCUACUUUCAACAAUAAAACAUCCCAAUCUUGUCCAACUCUUGGGUUGUUGCUUAGAGAUGGAAGAUCCAAUUUUAGUCUAUGAGUUUGUUCCAAAUGGAACACUCCUAGAGCACCUCAACCGCAAAACAGGACAAGGCCUUGACUGGAAAACUCGGUGCGCCAUUGCCACUGAUGCAGCUCAAGCCAUUGCCUACCUGCACAAUAACCUAAACCCAUCAGUUUAUCACCGAGAUGUUAAGUCAUCUAACAUUCUUCUGGACUUCGACUUUAACUGUAAGGUUGCUGACUUUGGGUUAUCUAGAAUAGCUCCCUUUGAUGGUGGCACCCACAUUUCCACUGCCCCACAAGGAACCCCUGGUUAUCUUGACCCGGAAUACCAUCAAACAUUCCAUCUCAGUGAGAAAUCUGAUGUUUAUAGCUUUGGUGUUGUUUUGGUUGAGAUCAUUUCUGCCAUGAAAGCUGUGGAUUUUUCAAGGGAGAAGAAAGAAAUCACUCUUUCUGCUUUGCUGGUUUCUAGGGUUAUCUCUGGUUGUGUUGAUGAUAUUAUUGACCCAUUUUUGGAUGCCACCCAUCGACCUAGGCUUCUGGUUCUUGUGCGUAGGGUUAUUGAGUUGGCAUUUCGGUGCUUGGCGCCUGAAAAGGACUCGAGGCCCACCAUGACUGAGGUUGCACAAGAGCUUGUGGAGAUUAGAAGGGAUACAGAAUGUUUGGAAGAUUGGGAGCAGGCUGGGGAUUUCGUAUCGAUUGAUGACUGUGAAUCUCAAGAUAUAAUAUGUUCAUGUUCCAGUGAUAACCCAACUCACUCAGAUGAUCCAGACAGAAUGGUCCAGUGA